UUGCAGGAAAAUGAGGAGAACUAAAACUCAAAAGUCUGAGACAUGAUGUAAAUGCUUGAUUUUUUCCUUUUUUUUUUCCUUGUGGUAAUCUUCUUCAUUUGCAACACUUAACAAUGCAGCAAACUGAUAAUUUCAUGUAACAGAAACAUUAAUUUAGCAUCAUGAUUGAAGUUUUGAAUCUCUCUGCCCUUGUUUUGAGGAACUGCAUCAGGAAGCUAUUUCAAGCUUUUGUUUUAAUUUUAUUUUUGGGCUCAAUUUUUAUUCUUUUGGGGAAGCAGUUGUACAAAGGUGUACUGACUCAAAAAUGUGUAGUAUUGCCUCCAGCUAAUCUAAGUCAUGCUGAGUAUUCUUCAUUUGUUACAAAUUCAUCAAAUUGGUUGGAAAGUAAAAGCGAUUAUUAUCUGUGUGGGAACAGUACAGGCUCUAGGCCAUGUCCUGCAAAUUAUACUUGUUUAAAAGGUGCUCAUGUCAACACAUAUGUUUCCAAUUUUAACUUCUAUGGUUCAUCUGUUGUAACAAUUUCUCAGUUGAUGACUUUACAUUUUUGGCAAGAGCUUUAUCAAAGGAUGUUAUUAACUGCUGGAUCUCUUCAUGUGAGCUAUUUUGUGCUUGCUUUCUACUCUUUCUUGUAUUCAAGUGGACUUAUUUUAGCGAUUAUAACAAGAUCUUACAGGAAUGUUCUGAAGGAAUUUGAAGUUGUGGAAAAGAAAUCUUCUGGGAUGCUUAAAAAUGUGAAGAAAGAUAAUAUUAGUCACUGUGAUCUUCAGAAAGAGAUUGUAAGAAGCCCAUCUUGCAAAUCCUAUGAAUUAUUUUCUAGUCAAGUAAUUACAUCUGAGAAAGUGGAACGCCAAGCAUCAGAAAUAUUAGAAAGCUCUAGUCGCUCAACAGAGAAAAGUUUUGAUUCAGAUAGAGGUUUGAAAGAUCAUGUAGUGGAAAGCAAGCACAAAAGAGAAGCUGUGAGGUGCCAAUUAGCCAAUGAGAAAACUGAAUCUCCUGUGCAGUCUGUUCAGGAAAAUGGAGUUUCACAUUGUUUUUCACCAGUUCAGCAAAGUCUGAAGUCAUUAUUAUCACAUUCUUUGAUUGAGCUAAUUUUCUAUUUUUCCAUUGCUACACAUUUAUGCAUUACCAUGCUUCAGUACAGCAGUUUGAAGCUCAUUUCUCCAGAGAUUGCUAGACUUGCUUAUUAUAUAUUUGGAGGGAUUACUUUGGUAGAAGUACUGUUGAAGUUGAUCGCUUACACUCCUCGUGAAUAUUUCAGAAGUAAAUGGAAUGCAUUUGAUUGUGUAGUUUUAAUCAUUGGUGGUACAGAAAUGCUUCUACUCCAAAUUGAAAAUCCUGUUCUUUUCACUCUUCGAACAUAUAAAUUGCUAACCCUUCUCAUAUGCUGUCACACAUGCCUCUAUUUGAAGCACAUUCUGGCAAAUUCUCUUUUCUUGUUUAAACAUCCUAUUUCUAUUUUGCUUGUAUUUAUAAUAAUCUGCAUUGUUACUGGAAUGCAACUAUAUGGCUAUGAAUAUUUUCAUAGUUCUGAGAGAUUUCCAAGGCAAGAACCUCCUCGUUGGUUUAAAGACUGUUAUAGUUCCUUCCUUUUGGUUUUCUGCAUGCUGUGUGGAGAUUGGAAACAACCUAUGGUUAAUACGGUGCUGUUCACUUCUUGUGCAAGUGAUUUGCUUAUGCUGAUUUUUGUGCUCAUUGGAAAUUUUGUGGUUAUUAAUCUUUUUUUGGGUGUUGUAUUCUACACAUUUUUCUAUAAAUCCCAUCCAAGAAGUAUUUAUUCGAAAGAUAAACUUCAGAAUGCUAUUCAAAUCAUACUUAACAGGCAAGAAAAUAUUUCAAAAAGAAAGCCGAAUUCAAAAGAAACUAAAAUAGAGGAACCACAUACAAGUAAUAGUGGGAGUAGUGAAAUGGUGUCAGAGAUGCAAGAUAGUUUUAAUAACUCUUUCAGAAAAAGUAAAAAGAAGAAACUUCUCCGCAAUCAAAAAGAAAUGGAAAUAAUUGAAGAUGUGUCAUCUGAAUAUAUGGCUGAUUGCUGCCCUGCAUUAUGUUAUUUUUGCUGUUCAUUUUGCAAAGCUGAUGAAAAUCCUGUAUUAUGGCAAAAUUGGGCUGAUGUUCGAUGUAGAUUAUAUUGUUUUGUAGAAACAAGAUUAUUUAGGACUGCUGUAUUUUUGGUGAUUGCACUCAAUGUGGUAGUGCUUAUAAUAGAUCGAUCCUAUGGAACAAGAUAUCCACAUGUUGAUUCAGUAAUCAGUAUCAUGGAUCCUUGCAUUUUUGUCUUAUUUUUCCUGGAAAUGGUUUUGAAAUGGAUGGCUUAUGGUUUGCAGAAAUUUUUCAAAAGUCACUUAGGUCGCUUUGAAUUUUUUAUUCUUCUGGUCUAUAUGGUGGAUUUAUUGUCUAUAAAAUUUUUUGAUGGUCAAAAGAAUAUUUUCAAAGCAUUGCGAGCAUUUCGACUUCUAAGUCUGACGCCUCUUCUAAAAUCGUACCAAGAAACUGUUCCGUUGCCUAUGAAACGCAAUACUUGCAUUGCGGGCAGUGAAACAGCUUCAAGAGAAAGCCUUUUACAUCUGAGACAACUAGAAUGUAAUCAUUUUCUUGGGAGGCAUUGCAGGUAUCAACCAACUGAUUCUGGAGAAAUAUUCAAAAUGGAUUGGAAUGUAUCUGAAGUGCAAACAUCAGACUUAAAUGCCAGUAGAGUAAGAAGAAUGAAGAUGACGCAUGAUACUGAGUAUAAAGAUAAAAAUCCCACAGCAGAAGCAAUGGAUUGUCUUCCACAUUUCUGUUACGAAAUUUUUCCUUUGUGCAGACGUAAUUGCAACUUCUGUAAUAUUUGGAGUAAGAUUAGGACAAAUGCAUUGGCGAUUGUUAAUAGCAAUUACUUUUGUGCCUGCAUAAUUGUAAUCAUUAUAAUCAGCUGCUGCAAAUUGGCUCUGGACAUGAAUUUUACAUCUGACAGACCACUUCACAUUGAGAUGAUAUCUGCUUAUGGAGACAAGAUAUGUGCAUGUCUAUUUCUUAUGGAGAUGCUAUUUAAGUGGUUUGCUCUAGGUUUUAAAAGAUAUUUCUCUUCAUUCUGGGGAAUCAUGGAGUUUGUGAUAACCAUAGCAUCAGUUGGAUACAUUGUUUUAAAGGAACAUGGAAGUAUGAUUCCUCUACUCCAGAUUUUAAGAGUAUUUCGACUUUUAUAUGUUUGUAAAGUUCUCCAAUUUAACAAGCAGUCAAAA